AUGUCUCACCGAUACUCAAGAGCAGAGAAGGAAAAAUGGGUGGAGCGGUAUGGAACCACAACCGGAAAACCCCGAGUGAAGAUACCACAAUGCGAUAACUCCGGCUUGAUAAGAAACAACAAAUUUACCCUCAUUGGAAGAGUCACCAACCCGGCAAUACAGAAGACCAAGGCGCUAGUCGAGUUCUUUAUCGACCACUGGCACGUCUCAGGCACGAUUACUGGGAGUGACCUAGGCCCAAACUUGUUUCAGUUUCGCUUUGAAAAUGAACAAGACCUCCAAGCUAUCCUCAACAAGGCCCCUUUCCACUUCAAAAAAUGGAUGCUUAUCCUCCAACGGUGGGAACCCAUAGUCUCUGAAACCUUCCCUGCUCUCAUCCCGUUCUGGAUUAAGAUCCAUGGAAUCCCACUUCACUUCUGGUCAGACCACACCAUCCGUACCAUUGGUUUCGGACUUGGUCACUUUGAGGCCAGAGACGUGGAAAAAGGAAGAAUCAGGGUCCAUGUCAACGGUUUGAAACCACUAGAGAUGAAGAUGGAUAUUGAACUACCCACUGGAGAAGUCAAGGAGGUAGAAUUCGAAUACGAGAACCUUGAGAAACAUUGCUUCUCGUGUCUUUCCCUGUCUCAUGAGAAGAAAGACUGCCCGCUUCAGUUGUCCACGAGAGACAACAACCCAAUACAUCUCGGUAUCAGUCAACGCAGCACUCUGGACCGGCUGGAAGCAAACAAGAAACGUCAAGAAGAGAGGAAAGGAAGACGCUACCCACACAGGACUUCUCCGGCAAGAGACAGAAGGGGAAGUAACCGAGAUUAUAUAAAUAGUCUGGCUCACUCCUCGUACUCAGGUAGAGCUCUAUCGAGAGACACCAGGUACCAUGAAGCUAGCAGGCGUGACUCCUACAAAGACUACUCCCGGCACCACCAUGAAGGAGUGGAAAGACGCAGGGCCCAUCCGUAUAGGUCAUCUCAUUCUUCCCUAUCUCGACAUACAAACCCGGUCCACGGUAAAUCUCUGGAAAACUCUUUUGAGUCACAUAACCAAGAUACUACAAACAGGAGCUCGGGAAGAAAUGGGGGAGCAAUCUCCAAGAACACACAAGCUCACUCCCACCAAGCUCACUCGCACCAAUCUCACCACUCCCAAGUCUCCCACACUCCCCCCCCUCGACCUCAAAGAGAACCUUUCCGAACCCCUCCUCAAGCUGAAACUGGACCCGGGUCGGAACCUGAGAGGCGCUCUGUGUUGGAACGUUUAUCUUUACCUUACCAUAAGGGCCAUACUCACAGUCUUGGAGAAUUAAACACAACUUCAGAUCGGCUCCAAGACAUUGAAAUUCGCUACAUGGGGGAAGCCACACAAGUCCACAGAUCAGGCAACUCGGAUCUCCCCUCAAGCCCUAGACAUCCUCGCUCGGCCUUAGAAGACACCCUGGCACGGUCUCCAAUCAGGUCUCUUAGUGAGGAUAGACUCCAUGUCUCCCUCCGCCUGGGACCUUUGAGGACUUCAACUACUUCCUCUGACAUUCCUACAGGAGGCAGAAAACAAAAAGAGAAGUCAAAAACGACAUCUCUACCGAAAACAACAGCUACUAAACGAGCAGGAGGCAAGACUGCAGCAGUGAAGAGGACCACGAACAAAGUAGCAACAAACAAACGUGGCCUAAGGAGCCCACUACAAGGGGUCAGUCUAAAGAAAACCAGAAUUACAAGAGCAAAAUGCUCUCCAAGAAGGAAACUCAACGUCGAAACCUCUGCAAUGGGGUCCAAUUUACCUUGUGAUAAGGAUAGAAAUGUCUCACUCCCUGAGAACGGUCCUCAAAUCAAUGUAAUACCUGCGAUAAGCAGGAGGGUGGUGGAUUUUCGGUCCCCACCAAACACGCUUCCUUAG